UUAGGAGUCAAAAUUGAACAAACAUUGUUAAUCGUUUCAGGUGUCAACCAGUGUAUGCGAACUGGUGUUGAAAAAUCUACUGUUGCCGAAAUGGAUCCAUUAGCUCCAAAUUGUACACGAGAAUAUGACGUUCCGCUUGCACAUGACUCUUCAGGCAAACAGCAAUCUAAAAAACAAGAGUCAACUUUAAAAAAAUCAACAGACAAAGCUUUAUUACUGGCACUUCUUUCAAAUCAAUCGAAGAUGAUGAGCCAAUUAUCAGAAAUACAAUCUACUCUAAACACUUCAAGAGCCACUAGAUCUAGAUCAAGUGUACCCGAUAAAUCGCCUGUUGAUGAACAACCAUCCGUUCCUUCUUUUAGAAGAGUGGCACCGGCUAAAACUUUGCAAGAAUUUGAUGAAUUCGAAGUAAAUUUAGGUAAUGAGGAAUUUUUCACCCAGGUAAUAUCAGAGAUGGAAGUCAUUUGCGGAUCUAGCGGUACAUGCAAGGGCCUCGAAGCCUGUUACAUACUUAUUGACUAUUUCAUAACCCGCGAAUGCGUCAUGAAUUGCUCGUGGGCGGGAAACAGUAAAACUGAUGUCCAAAAAGUUCCGUUUAAAUAUUACAACAACUUUAGAAAAUUCUUCUUAACACUUGUUAGAAUAACUGACACUACCUUCACUGAGCGAGAUUGCGACAACUUUUUUAAAACUAUUUUGAGGAAUUCGAGGAUGCGCUUCCAGAGUAAAGGUUUAAGACGGUCCACUCCUAGAAGAAGAAUGAAAAAAAACGAUUAUGAUUUAAAGAGAGAACUUAUUCAACAUACAACUGGCAAUUACGACGAACCAGAAACGCAUGUUUUGUCGCUCUUAGACGAAGAAAAUGACAAUUCUGAUGAGGGAGAUGCGCUGGAGGACAAUAAUGAUGAGAAUAAUGAAGAAACAGAUGCAGUAGAUGAGACAACUGAAUAAUGUUGGUAUGCUGAUGAGAUGCGUGCUUCAUUCCGUGUAUACUAAGUAUUAUAAACAAAAUAAUAAAAAUGCCAUGAACUGCGUUUCAACGCGCAUUAAUAUAUUUAAAUUAAAAUAAUCUUACACCUUUACUCGUAUUUAUAGUUGUCGACAUGUCCUAGUUAGUAUGCUAAACGUCAUUGACAAACAAUUCAAGAUAACUCUGUAUGUCGUGAAACUCCUUUUUUUCAUUCAUGAAUAAAUUGUCUUUAAUGUA